UGCUCCCCGAAACCUCGACGAGAAUAAAGGCUUCAUUCUAGAACGCCUCUCUUCUCUGAAGCCCUACUUGAAAGAGACCUUGUUGCAGAAGAGCUGAGCUGGGCGCUUUUCUCCUCUUAGCCUCCUCGCCGUUUCCAUAGGCACAUUCCUCACCGCCUCUCCAUCAUCUCCUCCUCUCUCUUUCCCUCUUUGUGACAUUUAUCAAGAUGAACAAGUACCUUCUCCUGGGCUUUUCAGUUCUGAUCUUCUGCACAGUUGCACAAGGUCUGGUGUGCAAAGUUUGCAAAUUCAAAGUCGGCGACCUCUGCUUCAAAUCCGAAGAUCCCUGCAAAGCCAAAGAUGACCAGUACUGCGAAACAACACAUGUGUAUACAGGUAGCUUAAAGCUCUUCACCAAACACGGCUGCAGCAAGUACUCAGAGCUCUGCAACAAGACCGAGCAGAGGGACAACGUCUUUGACAUGAGCUACAACCGCACCUGCUGCAACUACGACUUGUGCAACGGGGCAGCCGCCACCAAUCCCAGUCUCCCGUUCUUCGCUGGCCUCAGCUUGGCCUUGGGGUGGUGGCUGACCCACUAACAUUGAGGACUAGCAGUGAUGUUCUUUCCACUAACAGAACCUUGACCCUCUGCAUCACCUCGACCUCCUUUGAGCCUGCGGUGUGUGCCCAUGUGCCAAAAUUUCCCUCGGAUUUCAAAUCUCCCCACCUCAUCCGCUGCCUCCCCUGUAGGCUUGGUCAACUUGUGGACCCUCCGAGCCCAAUGCAACCUGCCUGCCAUCAGCAACGGUCCACCAGAGGCUCAGUCUCCUCUUCCCUCUACUCUGCCUGGGAAGCUUUGACAAGCACCUCCCAGGCCACCGUGCAUAGUUGGUGGGUUGUGUUUGGCUUGUUGGGUCACAGGAAUGUUAGGCCUUGCCUACUCUGUGUAUCAGGGGUGGGGGAACUUUUUUUUCCAGACCGGGCACCAUAUUCCCUUCUGAGGGGCCACAUGGCAGUGCUGGGUGGGGCCAGAGGCAAUAGUGGGAGGAGCAACGGGUGCAAUUCCCCACCCCCUUUUGUACAGUAGGAUCAUUUAUGGUCACACUCGCACACCCUUCCACACCCCCCACUGACUGGAAUGUGCCCUCACACUCUUGCUUGCCCAAAGGGAAGAUAGAGAGAGGUGGUGGAGUGUGUGUGUGUCCUGGGGAGAGGGGGGCGUGACCUAGGGAGAGGGGCGUGGCCUAGGGAGAUCUUGGAGGGCCCAUCUGAGAAACCUGAAGGGACACAUUUGACCCCAUGUGUUCAACAUCCCUGUCCCUGAUGUGUAUCAAGGCUUAUUUUGUAAUUUCCCCACCCAUCAUCCACCUCCCAAGCAGCUUUUGAAAACCCAAAACCACGUGAUUUAGGCUGUGCCUGUGAACUCUUCUCUGCUGAUGAUGAAAGUAAAGCCAAACAGAAAGGCCUGCAUGCCUCGCUCCGUGUGUUUAUUAAGCCUACGUAUGUGGAACGCAGACCGAAGGACGUGGCUUCCUUAUUCACCCCUGCCUCCCCUCUCCUCCACACCCUAUUUUGUUUCCCCUUCGUCAGAUUUUUAAAAUUGUGAGCUCCUUAGGAGCAGGGCGGGUUUUCUGCUCUGGAAAGCACAUUGUAGACUGGUGGUGCCAGGUAAAUAAAAAAAGAGCGAUAAUUCAA